AUUGGUUGUCAACGGAGAGCCCUCAUUCGGUUCAGAAACACCCCGUGGGUUAGACUGGUACUUUAAUCUGGUCCCCCGGUAGUUUGCCUGCACUUGCUAUUUCUAAAGCUCGCACGGGAUCUCAUUUAGGUGUCCUCCAUUCCGCAUUUUCCCUCCGUCUUUCACCCAAGUAAAGCGCUGUCUGAAUCACAGGAACAGCGUGAGGAAAUAAGUCAAUAUAAACAAAAAACGACAAGAGCUGUACGAGGGGGGAUGCAAAUGCAAUCGCUAUUACAGGAGGAGAGUGUGGCGAAAGGAGCUGGAAGUGACAGCGCGUUUGACAGGCGUGUGUUUCAUUACAGCCCGAAAGCAGAGGAUGCUGCGGCGGUGCGCUGACACGAUUUUCGGCUGAGGAACCGGAUCGCCGCGCUUCCCUUCCUGCUUUAGUCGGAUGCGGAGUGAAAUGCACAUCCACUCUGACGAUGUAUAUUUAUAAAACGUUUUCAUUUUUUUAUUGCCACCCCCUUUCUUUCUGAGUUGCAUUUCUACAGCUUUGAGUAGGAUGAGGAUGCUUGCCCGCGCAGCCUUCAUUGCUCGUCGCUCACUUAAAUAUUUACAUUAUAUGGCAAUGAUCGUUUAAAGAAUUGGCAGCCAGCGAUACGAUGUUUGCGUUAUUCCUGCAUUGCAUGGAUGAUCUUUAAGUGACAGAUUUAUGGACUACUCUUGGACACACUGACGAAGCUCUCGCCGAAGGCGGAUGCAACCUAGAUUUCUCUCCAUUGCGGAAUGAAAGGUAGCGCGUUCGGCUGCCACAGCGUGGACACUUUCAUCUGUGAUAUAUUCUCGCAAAGACGCGGCGCAGCGGAUUUCGGGCAUCGGCAACUUUCAUGGCUUUCGCGUUGAGGAGAUGGAGAAUGCUGCUGGUGCUCAAUGUGAUCGCCGUGGCGGGCUUCGUCACCUUUUGGGCCCGCUGCAACUCGCGUACCGUCAGAGCCGCCGGGCAGGACUUAGCGGCCGAUGCCAGAAGAUACGCUCGCUAUAAUCUCACGGCGCAAGCAUCCAGCGUCAGUCAUGAAACCCUGCUCAAGAGACUCGGCUCCCUGGAGGAUGUGGUCUACAGGCAGCUCAAUGGACUCUCCAAGUCACUGGGUCUGAUCGAAGGCUUUGGAGGUCGAGGUGAGGGCGGCUUUCCUGCCACCUUGACCCCCGAAGAAGAGAAUGAUGCAAAAUUGCUGAGAGAGAAGUACGGCUACAAUGCCUACCUCAGUGACAAGAUCUCCCUGGACAGAUCCAUUCCAGACUACCGCCCAAGCAAGUGCAAGAAGGUGACGUAUCCCCGGGACUUACCACAGCUCUCGCUCAUCUUCAUCUUCGUCAAUGAGGCCCUGUCGGUCAUCCUGCGUUCGGUGCACUCUGCCGUCAACCACACGCCGGCGCACCUGCUGAAGGAGAUCAUCCUGGUGGACGACUACAGUGACGAUGAGCAACUGAAAGCACCCCUGGAGGAGUACGUCAACAAGCGGUACCCGGGCCUUAUCAAGAUCGUGCGUAACCAGAAGAGGGAGGGGCUCAUCCGCGCACGCAUCGAAGGCUGGAAGGUGGCCACAGGGGAGGUGACGGGCUUUUUCGACGCGCAUGUGGAGUUCACCCCCAUGUGGGCUGAGCCGGUUCUCGCCAGGAUUAAGGAGGAUCACAGGCGGAUCGUCCUGCCCUCUAUUGACAACAUCAGGCACGAGAACCUGGAGCUGGAGCGCUACGAGAACUCCGGCCAUGGCUACAACUGGGAGCUCUGGUGCAUGUACAUCAAUCCGCCCAAGCAGUGGUGGGACGACGGGGACAACUCCGCCCCCAUCAGGACGCCGGCGAUGAUCGGGUGCUCCUUCGUGGCGAAUCGCGCUUACUUUGGAGAGCUGGGCUUGCUCGACCCUGGCAUGGAUGUGUACGGAGGGGAGAACAUAGAGCUGGGAAUCCGGGUCUGGCUAUGUGGAGGCAGCAUGGAAGUCCUGCCUUGCUCUAGGGUUGCCCACAUAGCCAGAGUGAAGAAGCCGUACCACAACAACAUCGCCUUCCACACCAGGCGCAAUGCUCUGCGCGUAGCUGAGGUCUGGAUGGACAACUACAAGGCCAAUGUCUACCUGGCCUGGAACAUCCCCAUGGAAAAUCAUGGGAUCGACAUCGGUGACAUCUCCCAACGAGUGGCCCUGAGGAAAAGGCUGCAGUGUAAGAACUUCGAGUGGUACCUGGACAACGUCUAUCCAGAAAUGAGAAGAUACAACAACACCGUUUAUUACGGAGAAAUUCGUAAUACCAAAGUGAGUCACCUCUGCGUGGACCAGGGAAUCAAGGAGAACCACACCGCCACCCUGCACCCGUGCCACGGAUGGGGUCCUCAGCUGAGCCGCUUCACCACGGAGGGCCAGUUGCACCUGGGCCCCCUGGGCAGCACCGGGGAGGACACACGCUGCCUGGUGGACGACCAAGUCAGCAACCAGGCCCAGCUGCUCAACUGCGAAAAGGUGUCCAGCGUGCGCCACAAGACCUGGAACUUCUCCCAGAACGAGGCCAUUGUGAACCGAGGCACGGGACGCUGCCUGGAGGUCAUCCCAGCCAACGUGAACUUCGGCCACCUGCUAGUGCUGCAGGCCUGCACAGGGCAGCGGUGGAACAUCAAAAACACCAUGAAGCAGCCUCAGUGACGUGGGGCUGCUGGCUGCCCCCCCCCCAGCCUGCCUCCGGGAUCACGGUGCCGCUUGGCACGCUCGUCUGAGAACCGGCAACUAGAACUGCUGGCCACUGGGGGCACUGUGGAGCGUCCUGUUAAUUAUGGGGACUGACCUUUCAAAAAAAGAGAAAAAAAAAAACAGUCACAUGAUCCAGAUUUUAUCUUAACUGGGACCCCUGACCCCUAGAGGGAGAAGGAACCAUUUCAGACUUUGGGUGUUUUAAUACAGGGGCGCUUUGUGUUGAAGCAGAUCGUUUUUUGGAAAAUGCACGGCAUUCAGCGAGGCACCGCUGUUGCGUUUCUGUGUUUGGACUCUCUCGAGUGUCUGAGAAGUGCUGUUCGUUUUCCAUCCCCUCAGUGAAAUUAGUUCCUGGUACCUAUAAUGUUCCCGAUAUUUUUGCUAGAGAUAGAUUAAGUAUAGGGUAGAUUUAGUUCUGGAUGUUGCUUUGACGCCAGUGUCACGCAUAAAUCCAUUGAGGGAGGUUAUUUUGGACGUCUUUGGUUCCGCCUCACACCAUGCACAUGUAGCAGGUACAGCGGGAGUCUGAGAUUAUAACUCUCAAGUUCUGCCACGUCUUUAUUAAUUUGGUUUCACAGCACCGUUGGUCGCCGUUAUUCAUUUAAAACGCAAAAUCGGGGGCCUGCAACUGGAAGCAGUUUCUGAUGGGCUGCGUGGUUCCUGUUUCGGCACUCAGGACUCAGCAGUAACGCGAGUCGGCCUCGUCGUCAUGCUUCAGUGUGUCUAAUGUGACGUAUUCUGUCGAUCAGUCGUUACAGUCUGGGACUUCUCAGAAUCGUCUUCCAAUAAAUUAUAUGAUUCUCGGCUUUCGGAGUCUGACUCACAGAUCGGUCGGCUGCUCUGGCGCGUAGUAAACUCUCGUACUGCGGUAGGCGUUUAAUUGCACGGCAAAGCUUAGCAUCUUUAUGCUUCAUAAUUAAUAUGCCGUAUAAUUACACUCAUUUAAAAAUGCCAAACAUGCUAUCAUGACUUAAAAUUCAGCGCGUGGUCAGCAAACACCAGAGAUGGAAAGCAAAAGCAGUGCAUUGGUAAUCAGAAGCAGUGUGAGGGGAGAUUCCGGGAGAGCAAUUUACAAGGUCAGGGACAAAUUAUUUAUAGUAGAUUGUGUGUGUGUGUGUGUGUGUGUGUGUGUGUGUGUGUGUAAAACAGUUUAAGCACCACAAAAAAGGAGUGUAUGUUUGGUGUAAAAAAACAAAAAGGUCAGAGAGCUGGUCUCGCCUUAACCGCUGCGUUGAGAGACUAAACGACGCUCUGUUCCGUAGCCCUGGAUGGAAGCGGCCACAAUCCUACGGUAAACGCAGAUUUGCAUGCUGUUUAGCCAUUUAGCGUGACUCACGCCUCAGUGAAAGCCGGCCGCAGGCUUCUUCAUAUCUCGCUUCCCAGUCCAGACGAGACAAAACAGGACGUGGCACUGUGUCCAUGACAACCGCCGGACAGCGUUAACGGCACGUCACCCCUGUCUUUCGGGAAAGUCGGCUGCAAGCCACAUGUUUGGACGGGGGUGGGGGGUGGGGGCCACCUCCCUCCUAAGGAUGCUCCCCCACGUCGGCUGUAAGACGCGCAGAAGGAGUGUGCUGGCAGCACGGGUCUGUUCACAGCUGUUAUGUUAGCGGGUGGGACACGUGGCCCGCAGCGUGACAUGCCGCCACCCGGGGCCCGUGGAGUCCGUCGGCGCACAGGGGGCCGUUCCGACUGCCAGCUGUGCAUGUCAAUGAGCCCUCAACAACAGCGUCCACUGAGAAGCCCCUGCCCCUUACGUCACAUGACAGCCGUCUUCCAAUCAGCAUCGCUGCGGGCUGGCCCCAUAUAGCUCGCCUUCUCUUUAGUGGCGGAGAUGCGAGGCUGGCGGCUCCGGAGGAGAUUAAGCCAGUGACGAGCCCGUACAGGCAGCGAGGGCCGAUACGCGAGGGCCGGGGGCGUCCGCAGAUACGGCAGCCGCAAAGCUUUCACGCGCCUGAAAAUGAGGAGCUUCAGGGUCUGAACUGACUGUUAUCUGAAGUGUCUGUAGGUGCUCCAGGUUAUCGACAAUUCAGAUGCUAAGGGGAUGGGGUACAGUACCUGUGAGUAGCAAUGUAAACACCAUAAUCCAUCAGAUACCGCAAUCUGCAAGGUCAUUUGGCGUAUAAGGUGUAUAAGAAUAUAAGCUGACUUACUGAUGUGUGUGUGUAGAUUAUACCUGUACAGUUGAAGUUG